AUGACGUUCGUCGAUGAGAAAAAUAGUGGGUCUACGAAACAGCACCCAUAUCUCCAUGGAAACUUCGCACCUCUACAUCGCACACAACCUUUGACAGCUUGUACUUACACUGGUAUCAUUCCGAAGGAGCUUGCAGGCGGAGAAUAUGUACGCAAUGGAGGGAAUCCGGUGACAAACGAAGAUCUUGGUAGAGAUGCACAUUGGUUUGACGGAGAUGGAAUGCUCAGUGGUGUAGCGUUUCGAAGAGCGGAAGACGGUAGAAUUCAUCCACAUUUCGUCAAUCAAUAUAUCCUUACCGAUACAUACCUUUCAAGCAUCUCAACGCCCUCUCUUCGUUCACCUAUACUUCCGAGUAUAGCAACACUCGUCAAUCCUGCCUCAACUCUUCUUACGAUUAUUCUGCGAAUUUUCCGAACCAUUCUCCUUGUCAUUCUCUCGAAUCUACCUGGAUCUGCAAGGGCAAUCAAGAAAAUAAGUGUAGCGAAUACUAGUGUAUUAUUUCAUGAUGGUAGGGCGCUGGCAACGUGCGAGAGUGGUCCACCAAUGCGUAUUUCCUUACCUGGCUUAGAGACUGUCGGCUGGUACGAUGGUGUUCGAGCAGAAGGGGAGCCGGUUGCAGAGGUACAAUUCGGUGAAGUCAUUGGUGGAGAUGGGCUCAUCGGAUUUAUGAAAGAGUGGACAACGGCACAUCCUAGAAUCGAUCCUGUCACGGACGAACUCAUACUUUUUCAUUCAACAUUUAUUGCACCCUUUGUACAUUAUUCUAUUAUACCCAGCACACAACAUGAACUCUCUCUUAAUCAAAUCCCCCGACUCGUCAACGCAACAGUUCCUGGAGUCAAAUCCGCAAAGAUGAUGCAUGAUUUCGGAGUGUCCCUUAGCCAUACCAUAAUUAUGGAUCUUCCACUUUCACUUGAUCCUCUAAACCUUGCCCGCAAUCAACCUGUUGUCGCUUAUGACCCUGCUGGACGUUCCAGAUUUGGCAUCUUCCCAAGAUGGAAACCAGAAGAUAUUCGAUGGUUCGAAACCAAUGCUUGCUGCAUCUUUCACACCGCGAAUAGCUGGGACGAAAACGCCAUCAAUACAUUUACUAAAAAAGAGGAAAUCAUAUCAGUUAAUAUGAUAGCCUGCCGAUUGACGAGUGCUUCACUAGUCUUUAGCGCAGGUGAUGUUGCAGCUCCUAUUCCGAAAGCCAAUCCAAUCACCGCCCCAAUAGAGGAAGAACAAUGCCGAUUAUACUAUUAUCGUUUCCCACUCACUCAAGCGGAGAAUGUCAUAAGCCAUCAAUUCGCUCUCUCAUCAAUACCAUUUGAAUUCCCCUCUCUACGGGAUUCCGCGGCAAUGACGGAAGCUCAAUAUCUUUAUGGCUGUUCCGUCUCGGACAGCACCUUUGGAGCUGCCCUUGGUCGUGCUGUCAAAAUCGACUCACUUGUCAAGGUUGACGUUACUGCGUUGAUCACUCGGGGAAAAGAGACAAGCCAAAUCCCCAUCACUGGUUGCGUCGAUACACGCACUGUCGCCGAAGUUCUCGCUUCAAAUGACCCCAAUGAUCCCAUUAAGAUAUUCAAAUUACCAGAAGGAUUUUAUGCCCAGGAGUCAAGAUUUGUACCACGAGAAAAUGGCACGACAGAAGAUGAUGGCUGGUUACUUUCCUACGUCUUCGACGAAGCACAAAUUGACGAACAUGGUUUUGCAGGCCCUGGAGCAACAAGUGAGCUGUGGGUUAUCGAUGCGAGGGAUAUGAAAGAAGUGAUGUCUAAAAUUCAGCUUCCGCAACGGGUUCCUUACGGAUUACAUGGAGCUUGGUUUGGCGAGAAGGUCAUUGAAAAUCAACGACCGGUGGAAAUGAUUCGUUGUCUUCCAGUAUUGAAAGAGAAUGCGGACAAUGAUGGGAGUGUAUGGAUGUAUUUAUGGAUGGGAGUGCGUAGUUGGCUUUUGCAAAUGAUUGGAUGA